GAUUGGCCACAAACGUAUCAUAUAAUUCAUAUGAACAAUAUUCCUGAUUAUGUCGGUGGCUCCUUGACAAGUUUCCUUUAUGCGGGUCCCGUAUUAAAGGAAGGGGUUGGAUCUAGCUUGACUUCAAAUGUGCAGCGUAAUCCAGCCAGUUAGGAAGACAUUAACCAUUUUAACUCGGAACAUUUGUUAAUGCAUGACCGGGCUACCAUCCAGAAGCAUUUCUCUGUCAAGUCAGAUAAGCAACCGGAUCCCUUUUACUCCUUCGCGUUCUUCAAGAUGUUAUCCAUUGGGGACAUGAUGCAUUAUGUUCGCUGGGAGAGAUGCAAAAAUGAGAGCCACCCUCUGGAGGACCUGAUGUCGUGGGCAAAUUUCAAACAAUGGUUGAUUGCUCACUUCCUCAAGAUAUGCCUACCAUUUCUUCGUAAUGAGGGUGGUCCCAUGAUGGUAUAUGCACCUCUUAAUAUGGCAACAUUCUUCAGGCUGUUGAUUCACACGGCUGGACUAGGCUAUCCCGGUCAUUGGCUUUCAUCCAUAAUCAUGGCUCUUAGUAGUGGUAUGAUUUCCACCACGGCCAGAGCUCCUAGAGAGCUUGUAAAGAACCCUAAGAACGUGGACGUUAUACAUCCGGCCCAGACCAUUUGUAUCAAACCCUGGAUAGCAGAGUUUACCACGCUUGCCGCUCAAUGGCAAGAUGCUCUUCCCUUUGCCAUGGCCGUGCCAAGUGGGACGUUACCCUCACCGGAAGCCAUCACCGAGUACUUAGUUAAGAUCCCGUGCCGCUGGAUUUUCCGGGAACCUCACCUCAUGCUAGUUUUCUGGAACCAUAAGGAGUACGACGAACCGCCACGGAACCUAUACCAGGUCCUUCUCAAUGUCGAGGUGACCAAUCCAGUUCGGCACGGAAGAUUAGGGAUAACGGGAUCAAGACCUUGAGCACAUUUGAGUGGGCUAUGAAGGAGAAGACAGCUAGCUUCUGGCUGAGAAGCGAUGUGGUUGACCAGAUGCUGGAAGAAGACUAGAAAGCCUAUCUAUGGAGAAUCGAUUCUUGGGUUCAAGUCACCUCAGGUGUACCUCUGAAGGGCGCCCUCCACCGAGGAAGGACUUGGAAAGAGUGCGUGGCUUCGACAUGAUUCUAGUUGACUUUUUGGUGUCGGCCGGUUCGGCAGCGAUAUCAUCUGA